CCAGCAGUACUGUUUGUAAACAGAAGUUUCUUUUGUUUGUUUGUUGACGAAUUGGAUCAGACCAUUUACGGUCCGUAUCGCCUAAAUAAAGUUUUAAAACAUUUGUUCACGAUUGAAUACGGUUCGUUUUUGAUAUUUAUUAAAUAAAAGUGACUAGUUGCAAAGUGUAAAGAUGAUUGUUUUAGAUGUGCUCUUCGAUUUUUGUUUAAGCUUGUUUGUAAACAGUACCGCUGAACUGUCAAGGAUGAAUACUUGUUCAUUUGUGUCGUCACGAUAAAAAACCUAAUUGCCGAUUAAAAUCUCGCGACAUUCGACUCGAAAAUUAGAUAUUUUUACAGUAAUACGUCCAAUUUUGUUGCUGGGAAACUAAAAAUUUGCAAUUGUUUAUAAAUUCUGUGCGUUUUCAGUAAUGUCGUUACCGUUCAAUAGUAAAACAAUUGCUAACAGGCUAUUUUUACGAAAAUGUUACAAUAUCUGGAGACCCUACGUCAGCGGCCCCGCAGAUGGUGGCCGUGCUAGUAAUCCCGACGGUUCUACAAUAAAUGUACCUUCAAAAGAGGUUGUUACCCCUCUCCCUCCUCUAUCGGAACCAGUUCCGGAUUUGGCUCCAGUGCAGUAUGCGCGCCCCGGAGACCGAAGUAACGGAACACAAGUCACUCGUUUGUCCAACGGGCUGAGAGUGGCAUCGGAAAAUCGAUUCGGACAGUUUUGUACGGUGGGAGUGGUCAUCGAUUCGGGACCACGCUAUGAGCUGGCUUAUCCAAGCGGGAUUUCACACUUUUUGGAAAAGUUGGCCUUUCAGUCGACGAAAUCGUUCGGAGAGAAAGAUAUUAUUUUCAAGGAACUCGAGAAACAUGGCGGCAUUUGUGAUUGCCAGAGCUCGAGAGAUACGUUUGUGUACGCGGCCAGCGCCGACAGUCGGGGCUUGGAAUCUGUAACAAGAAUAUUGGCCGAUGUUGUUUUGAGGCCAAGGUUGGCAUCUAAGGAAGUCGACAUGGCUUGUCAAACGGUCAAAUUUGAACUGGAGAGUUUGGGAAUGCGUCCGGAACAGGAACCCAUUCUGAUGGAUAUGAUUCAUGCUGCUGCAUUUAGGGACAAUACGUUAGGGCUUCCGAAGCUUUGUCCCAUUGAAAACGCAGAUAAGAUUGACCGAAAUAUGUUGCUAGCUUAUUUGAGACAUCAUCACACCCCGGAUCGGAUGGUGCUGGCAGGGGUUGGGGUUCCCCACGAUGAAUUGGUAAAGCUGGCGGAAAAGUUUUUUGUCGAUGAAUUAGCUACAUGGGAAACCGAAAAAAGUUUGUCAAAGGAUCCAGCCGGAGUGGACACAUCUUUCGCACAGUACACCGGAGGAUCCAAAAUAGAGGAAUGUGCAAUUCCGGUUUACGCCGCUGUUGGUCUUCCGGAGCUUGCUCACGUGGUGAUUGGACUUCAGGGAUGUUCUCACCAAGACAAAGAUUUCAUUGCGGCAUGCGUGCUGAACAUUAUGAUGGGUGGGGGAGGUUCGUUUUCGGCCGGUGGCCCAGGGAAGGGAAUGUACACCCGUCUUUACACGAAUGUCUUGAACCGCUACCAUUGGAUGUACAGCGCGACGGCUUACAAUCACGCCUACGGAGACACGGGUUUGUUCUGCAUUCAUGCCACUGCUCCGCCGAAUCAUGUGAAGAGUCUAGUCGAAGUUAUUACUAAGGAGUUGUACACAAUGCAAAUGCGACCGGGAGAUCAGGAACUGAGAAGGGCUAAAACUCAGCUACAAUCGAUGCUACUGAUGAAUUUGGAAGCACGACCGGUCGUGUUCGAAGAUAUUGGGCGCCAAGUGUUGGCCACUGGGGAAAGAAGAAGGCCGGAACACUUCAUUCAGGAAAUCGAGAAAAUCACUGCCGAGGACAUUCAAAAUGUGGCACGGAGAUUCCUCUCGUCGCCACCUGUUUUGGCUGCGCGUGGCGAAAUCAAAGGUAUUCCUGAUGUAAAGGAUAUCCAAACGGCGCUGGCGAGUGAGGGAAGACUUCCCAGUAAUCGACGAUUGUCCUUGUUCCGGUAGAGUCGUUUCCUGAAGGCCAUGUAGUGCGUUCUUGAUUGCACAGAUAGCCACAGUCAUGCGAAAUUAAAUAUGUGAAGAGGUUAUAUUAGAUUUAAUGAUUUAAAUUACGAAAUCACAAAAAAUAUGUUUUAGAAACAAAUAAAUAUGUGAAACAAUUGAAA